CUCUUUUAACGGACGGGGUCUUAAAGACUUUAAUGAGUCACUAUGCGGAUGCACAAUUAGUGGAACUUCACAACUCAACAAGAGAAAAUUUUUGAACAAUGACUGCAAUAAAAGUGAUACCCUGAUGCAUCGGUUCCAAAAGGUAAGAAGACAGGGUCGCAGUAUUACAAAUUGGCGGAGGGGUGUGCGACUGGGGAGCGGGUCAUUUGGAUUAGUCUAUGAAGGAUUUGCGACUGAUGGAUUCUUCUUUGCUGUGAAGGAACUUCUAUUGCCAGAUGGAGGGAUUAUUGACCUACUUGAGAAAGAGGUUGAUUUAUUAUGUCAGCUCACCCAUCCAAAUAUAGUUAAAUACUUUGGCACAAGUAAGGAUGAAUCGAAGCUCUAUGUUUUCCUCGAGCUUGUAAGUAAGGGCUCCCUUGAAAAGGUUUAUAAAGAAUUUCCGCUGCAGGAUUCCCAUGUGUCUGUGUACACGAAACAGAUAUUGAAAGGCUUGAAUUAUCUCCAUGAGCGAAAUGUUGUUCACAGGGACAUCAAAUGUGCCAAUGUAUUGGUGGAUGAAAAUGGAUGUGUGAAAAUCGCAGAUUUUGGAUUAGCAAAAGUAACCAACUUAAAUGCAAUCAUUAAGUCCUGCAAAGGGACUGCAUGCUGGAUGGCUCCUGAGGUUUUUAAUAGCAAGAUAGCAGGAGGGUAUGGGUUUCAAGCUGAUAUAUGGAGCGUUGGGUGCACUGUAUUGGAGAUGUUAACCGGAAAACCUCCAUACUCUGAUUUGGGUUUGGAAAAAGGUCAAUUAAUUUAUCGGAUUGGAAAAGGCCACCGACCUUCUCUUCCUGAUUCUCUGUCAGAUGAUUCGCGAGACUUUAUCCAGCAAUGCCUACAAGUUAAUCCAAAGGAUCGUCCCACUGCUGCUGAGCUUUUAGAACAUCCAUUUGUAAAUAAAUAGGUGAAUGCUUGCAGGCUGCAGCGACUCUCGUUCUUGACAAAUUUGUAUUAAUUUCAGCUUAAAUUGUGGCAGCUGAAACGUGAUCAGCUGUGAGGAAAUUUUUUUUUCCAAGUUCUUUUAUUAAUAUAGAAAUCCUGGAUUUCUAGGUCAGUUCUUUUUUUCUGUUUCAUUUGUUCAAUUGAGACUCAACUAUGGAGACAGACUCUUCUAAAUCA